UAAACAAUAUCAGAGUCUAAAACCCCCCAUAAAGAAGAAGAGACAAGAAGACUAAAGUUUAGUGUCUUGGGGACGGACCUUGAGCCCUGCGACCCUCGGGCACCUCGCACUAGCGGCCCUAAGAACUACGAAGCCACGGACCUGUAUAACCAGCGAUGGUAUUACCGGCCAUGGACUACCUCAGCUUUCAGUAUGACAUGAACCACAGGCACCGUGGACACUGCGUUAUAUUUUGCCAAGAACACUUUGAUGCAUCUUUAUCUAUAAGUUCGAGAACAAAUUCUUCCCGUGAUGUGGAUAUGAUGAUGACCGUAUUCAAGGACCUGGGUUUCAUAGUGAGAGCCCACAUUGACUUGAAGCUGGAAGAGAUCAAAGACGUCCUCGAGGACCUUGCCUUCAACACAGACCACAUUGACUGUGAUGCCCUGGUAAUAGUGUUUAUGUCAACUGGAGACCAAGAUAUAUUAUAUGCUAAGGAUAAAUCAUUCGGCCCUCAAAUGCUCUUCGAAUGCUUCCAUGGAGAUCGGUGUGAAUCUCUGGUGGGAAAACCCAAACUAUUCUUUAUACAGGGAGAUCGAGGUGACGCCCUCGAGACAGGAGUACAGCUGCACGAGAAGAGGAUUCUGCGUACCAAGCAAGAGGCUGGUACCAUAUCAUCAAAGCAUGUGGGAGCAGAGAGUCCCUGGGGUGGACUUCCAUUGGGCCGCAAGUCCAGUACAAAAGAGAAGGAAUUACAGCUCAGCGCUCUGGCUGACUUCCUGAUAUGCUGGUCUACUAUAGAUGGUUACUGUUCUUGGCGUAAUACCAACACUGGCUCAUGGUUUAUUCAAGCCUUGGCACAUGUUUUACCAAGGGACUGUUACAGGGACGACAUGUACUCCAUGAUUGUCAGCGUCACUCGUCACAUGAUGAAUUUCUCGUCAUAUAGUCCAAGUAGUCUAGAGUUAAAUUCGAAGAAACAGACACCUCAGUAUACUUCCACUCUGGUGAAAAAAUUGUAUUUACACCCGAAGCCAGCGUACCCAGAAAUAGAAGUAGCAGUGGAGUGAUUAAAAAAAAAAAGUAAGAAAGGAAGUGAAGGAGAGGAAAGGAAGAAGAAAAUACAAAAUGAGCCGCCUUUCUGGAGUCAGAAGAAUGAGGAGAGAAAGAGAGGAAGAAGAAGAUGAU